UACAAUAUUUGGUUUGUGUUCAUAGAUAUUCCAAGCUUUAAAGAUAGAAAUGGUUGCAGAACAUUAAGUAGUGAUAAUGACUAUACCUGACUUCUCCAACUUCUCUGUAGUAAGGACAUUGUUUUUUUAGUGUGGGAAAAGCCCAUUUCACUGGCACUUUAGAUUUAUUUGUUCUGAAAAAGAAAAAUGCAAAGUUGAAAGGUAAAGCCAUGCAAUCAAGUAGUAAUACGUAAUCCUGAUGUAGAUAACUGGCACUUCAGCAUGCUUUUCAUAUUUUCUGUUUUCAGGUUUGGAGAGGCGAGUAUGAACCGAGUGAUCAGGUGGAUGGAAAAAGUGAAUAUACCUGAAGAUGCUGCUAUUUUGGAUAUUGGUACAGGAAAUGCAGCUUUUCUUGUAGAACUGGCAAAAGAGGGAUUUAAGAAUCUAACUGGGAUUGAUUAUUCCAGUGCCUCAGUAGAACUUGCAUUAAAUGUUCUGGAAGAUGAAGGCUUAAUAAAUAUCAAGGUUCAGGAGCAGGACUUUCUGAACCCCAGCACAGAGUUAAAAGAGUUUGACUUGUGUAUAGACAAGGGCACCUUUGAUGCCAUUAGUUUAAACCCUGAUGGCAGAGACAUGGUGAAGCUGCAGUACGUGACUUCACUGAGAGCUGUACUGAAACCGCACGGCCACUUUGUCAUCACUUCCUGCAACUGGACCAAAGAGCAGCUGCUGCAGAUCUUCAGCCCAGGUUUUGAGUUGCUGCAAGAGCUGCCUACUCCACAUUUCCAGUUUGGUGGGAUGACUGGUAACAGCGUCACAGCUUUGGUAUUCAGACGACUCAGCUGACCUCUGUUUUUAUAUGAUUUUAAGAAGCUCAAAUGCAGCCAUUAAAUGAAUUCAUUUGUAAUGUACCAAUUGUUCUCUUCAUACUUAAAAUAGUAAAAAUGCAAUUCAGUCCUGUGGACCUGUAUUAACGACGUUUUCAGUUUUGUCUCCGUUUUUACUAUUUACAAAUUAAUGUCAGAAGCCUGAAAUACUCCUGAUGUAAGCAACAUAAUAAUAAAGUGUGCUUUAUGGACAUAGUCCUGCUUUUUGUAUUGGAAAGCUAAAAUGCAGCCUUAUUUUAUUGAUAAAAACACUCAGCUGUCUUAUGUAUUAAUAAUGGCAUUACAGAUGUUUUAAAUUGAAAGGUAAUCAUGCUUCAUCAAUGCUAUUGAAAUGUCAGGCAACACUUUCAGAUAAAGUUAUA